AGAGCAUCUUUUAUCUGACGUCAUGCCAGCUGCAUCAGCUGCGAGCCUUUAGUUUGCAAAGAGCCCUUUUGCCGCCCGCUGCUGCUCUGACAACGGUAAUAUAUGAGAUUUUCCAUAAACCCUGAAAUGGCUACACAGGAGGUACAACCGAAUGAGACUCUCACUAACCUAAAAGCGGAAUCCGAUUCGUUGAAAACGAAGCUGGAGGACGAAAGAGCGAAGCUGCACGAUGUCGAACUACACCAGGUGGCGGAGAAGGUUGAUGGACUGGGCCAGUUUAUCAUGAAGACCCGGCGGACUCUUAAGGGACAUGGCAACAAAGUUCUCUGCAUGGACUGGUGUAAGGACAAGAGGAGGAUCGUCAGCUCAUCACAGGAUGGAAAAGUGAUUGUAUGGGAUGCCUUCACCACUAACAAGGAGCAUGCAGUGACCAUGCCGUGCACCUGGGUGAUGGCCUGUGCCUACGCCCCCUCUGGAUGUGCAGUGGCCUGUGGUGGUCUGGACAAUAAGUGCUCAGUGUACCCGCUGUCCUUGGACAAGAAUGAGAACCUGGCAGCGAAGAAGAAGUCUGUCGCCAUGCACACCAACUACUUAUCUGCCUGUAGCUUCACCAACUCAGACAUGCAGAUCCUGACGUCGAGCGGAGACGGAACCUGUGCAUUAUGGGAUGUGGAGAGUGGUCAGCUGUUGCAGAGUUUCCAUGGACACGCCGCCGAUGUUCUCUGUCUGGACCUGGCUCCUUCUGAGACAGGCAACACCUUCGUCUCUGGGGGCUGUGACAAGAAGGCCAAUGUAUGGGACAUGCGCUCAGGCCAGUGCAUCCAGUCCUUCGAAACCCACGAAUCAGACAUCAACAGCGUCAGGUACUACCCCAGUGGAGAUGCAUUUGCUUCAGGCUCCGAUGAUGCUACAUGUCGUCUCUAUGACCUGAGGGCAGACAGAGAAGUGGCCAUUUAUUCCAAAGAGAGCAUCAUAUUUGGUGCCUCCAGUGUUGACUUCUCUCUCAGUGGCCGGCUACUGUUCGGUGGCUACAACGACUACACCAUCAACGUGUGGGAUGUCUUGAAGGGGACGAGGGUGUCCAUCCUGUUUGGACAUGAGAACCGUGUCAGCACUCUGCGUGUGUCUCCUGACGGAACGGCCUUCUGCUCAGGGUCAUGGGACCACACUCUCAGGAUCUGGGCUUAAAAGAAGAGCAAAAAUGCAACAGAAGAGGAAAACUGACCAAGUGAAUUCAGUGGUAGAUAGAUCGAGGCCAGUUGUAAAUAAGAGACAGAUAUGUUCCACUCUGCUUGAGUACAAUCAUAGACAUCAUAAACCAGGUUUCCAUCCAAUUGGCGACAGAUUUUCAAUGCGAAUAUUCUAAAAAUCGGCAUAAAGAAAAUAUGCCCAUUUUCCCACCAGCGGUGUGUUUCCACCAAAUCAGUGUGUGAUGACGUAGUGCAUACUAUUUACUUUUUCGCUUAAAUUUUCAUGUGCCGAAUAAAAAUCUAAAAGUUCAA